AUGUCUGAGUUCGAUGUGUUCGGGAACGGAGUGUCCACCGAGGAGGACCCUGCCGCCGCCUUCCUGGCCCAGCAGGAGAGUGAGAUCGCCGGCAUCGAGAAUGACGACGGCUUCAGUAUUCUGGACAGCGGAGAUGUGCCGAUUUCCCUGCACGACGGGGCUGUGGGUGAGUGUGGUUUUGCAGAUGGUGUUAUGAAUGGUGAAUUUUAUCAGGAAAGUAAUGGGCCAACAGAUAGUUAUGCCGCCAUUUCCCAAGCUGACCGUUUGCAAGCAGAACCAGAAAGCCUCCGGAAGUGGAGAGAAGAGCAGAGGAGCCGUUUAGAAGUACUUGAUGCCAACUCUCGAAAGCAAGAAGGAGAGUGGAAGGAGAAAGCUACUAAGGAGCUAGAAGAGUGGUACACAAGACAAGAUGAGUUAUUACAGAAGACGAAAGCAAAUAAUCGGGUGGCAGAUGAAGCUUUCUACAAACAACCCUUCGCUGACAUGAUUGGUUAUGUCACAAACAUAAACCAUCCUUGCUACAGCCUAGAACAGGCUGCUGAGGAGGCAUUUGUAAGCGACGUUGAUGAAUCAACCCCGGGGACAGAAUGGGAACGAGUGGCUCGUCUUUGUGACUUUAACCCCAAGUCUAGCAAGCAGGCAAAAGAUGUCUCCCGUAUGCGUUCAGUCCUGAUAUCUCUCAAGCAGUCUCCACUAGUUCACUGA